UCUGGCUGAGCCCUGUGUCCCCCGCAGGUCCCGAGCCGAUGUUCCAGGUGAGCAGUCAGCCCCCCUCUCUCUGCGACGCGCCCCAUGGAGCCCCCAGUGCAGCUCCCGACCCAGUCCAGUCCAUGCCCCUCCUACCUGGGCUGGAGGUAGUCACGGGAUCCACUCAGCCUGCGGAGGCAGCAUCCCAGGAGGGCUCCCUGGAGGAGGAGGCGGCCCCCAUGCCCCAAGGCGGUGGCCCUGGGGCUCCCCCGGCGCUGGACAGCACUGACCUCCUCCCCACAGAAGCUGUGACCUGCCAGCCUCAGGGGAACCCCUUGGGCUGCACCCCACUACUGCCAAAUGGCUCCAGCCACACCUCCGAGCUGAGCGGCGCCAGGCAGGCGGGCAAUGGUGUGCUGGGUGGUCCCAAGGCACACCGGAAACUGCAGACGCACCCAUCUCUGGCCAGCCAGAGCAGCAAGCGGAGCAAAAACAGCACGAAAUCAGCUGCCUCCCAGAUCCCCCUCCAAGCGCAGGAAGACUGCUGCGUCCACUGCAUCCUGUCCUGCCUGUUCUGUGAGUUCCUGACGCUCUGCAACAUCGUCCUGGACUGCGCCACCUGCGGCUCGUGCAGCUCGGAGGACUCCUGCCUCUGCUGCUGCUGCUGCGGCUCGGGCGAGUGUGCCGACUGCGACCUGCCCUGCGACCUGGACUGCGGCAUCCUGGACGCCUGCUGCGAGUCCGCCGACUGCCUGGAGAUCUGCAUGGAGUGCUGCGGCCUCUGCUUCUCCUCCUGACCC